GAGAGUGCUGCUCUGUCCCUUCUUCCUGGCCCUGCCAUUCAGCAGUCUGGGUUACAGCUGAGGCCCCGCCCAGUCUCCAGAGCCACUGUUCCUUAGCAACAAUCCUACCAAGCAGGACGCACUGCAAACACUGGACAAAGAAGGCAGGAGCAAGCGGAAAGCCACCUAGAAGAAUCCAGGACAGACAAGGCCAGAAAACCUGAAUCUAGCAUGGACACGGUGGAUGCCACUGUGGAGAGGCUCCGGGAACAGUGCCUGUCCCGAGGGGCCUCUGGCAUCCAGGGUUUGGCCAGGUUUUUCCGCCGCCUGGACCAGGACAGGAGCCGAUCCCUGGAUGCAAGGGAGCUCCAGCAGGGCUUGGCAGACCUGGGGCUGGUGCUGGACCCGGCUGAGGCAGAGGGCAUGUGCAGGCGAUGGGACCGUGACGGCAGUGGGAAGCUGGACCUGGAGGAAUUCCUGAGGGCACUGCGGCCCCCCAUGUCCCAGGCCCGGAAGGCAGUCAUUGCAGCUGCGUUCUCCAAACUGGACCGAAGUGGGGAUGGUGUGGUGACUGUGGAUGACCUCCGGGGUGUGUACAGCUGCCAUGCCCACCCGAAGGUGCAGAGUGGGGAGUGGACUGAGGAGGAGGCGCUCCGCCACUUCCUGGACAACUUUGAUUCCUUUGAGAAGGAUGGGCAGGUAGGUGCCUACAGGGUACCCCUAACUCCUCCCACCCCAGGUUUCCAUCCCUCCUUAGAGCCUAUCUGCCCCCAGGUCACCCUGGCUGAAUUCCAGGACUACUAUAGUGGUGUGAGCAACUCCGUGGACACAGAUGAGGAGUUUGUGGCCAUGAUGACCAGCGCCUGGCAACUGUGAGCAGCGCACACUCACUCAACUGGCACCACCAUGGCACCCAUGAACUUCCAGCUGGGUAGCCCCAGGGGUGGGGGCUUGAGGGGGGACAGGGAAGAUUGAGGCCACAGAACUGGUUGGACCGGGUCUGAGGCCCUUGCUUGGCUACCAGGCCCAGGAGGGACAAAGGCCCCCAGGCCUCAUGAGGCUGCUGAA